CCUUUUUUGCGCCGAGGCAGUCCGAGGGUCAUUCAGGCUUAAGUCCUGUAAGACCGACAUGGCUGUUUGUGUGUUGUGUGCGGUAACUCUGUGUUGCUGCACCACAACAGCCCCCUUGUCCGGGAAGGACCGUUGGCCCGAACCAAGUCCCCCCACCCAGUCAGCCCGGGUUGUGGGGGAGUACCGGGGUCAAUGUAUCGAAUGAUGCUGGGUUGAUGAGUACACGAAAGCUCAUGGACGCGGCGCCUUCAAAGGUGCCAAGUCCUCUUCCCAUCUGACAACGGUAUUUUCUCUGUCUCAGCCUACGCAUCAGCAGCACCAGCAUGUCCGGACGCGGCAAAGGCGGCAAGGCGAAGGGCAAGAGCAAGACGCGUUCCAGCCGCGCGGGUCUCCAGUUCCCCGUGGGCCGUAUCCACCGUCUCCUGCGCAAGGGAAACUACGCCGAGCGCGUCGGAGCGGGCGCUCCCGUCUACCUCGCGGCCGUCCUCGAGUACCUGGCUGCCGAAGUGCUCGAGCUCGCUGGCAACGCGGCUCGUGACAACAAGAAGACCAGGAUCAUCCCCCGCCACCUGCAGCUCGCCAUCCGCAACGACGAGGAGCUGAACAAGCUGCUCUCCGGCGUGACGAUCGCGCAGGGCGGCGUCUUGCCCAACAUCCAAGCUGUGCUUCUCCCAAAGAAGACCGAGAAGAAGGCGUAA